UUUGACAUUCAUGUCACGAACGACGAAAUGAGUGUUUGCUUUUGCAUUGCAAGAGUUGAAAUAAAAUAGAAAGCUGUUCCUAUUUCCAUUCUAAGUGGAAUAUGUGAUCAUAGUCAUAUAAGAGAGUAGUUUUUCCAAGAUGUUUUCAAGGAACAUUUCAAGAGUGGUGAAAUAUGGGUUGUAUGGUAGUGUAGGAAUUGGAUCUACAGUUGCUGCUUUGAAGCUUCAGGAUAAUGAUCUUGGUACACUGGCCAUCGUGAGGAUUACUAGAACAGCGGUGACAGCUAUAGACAUAGGUAGGACCUACCAGUCGUUACUUUACAGCAAGGAGUGGGACAGGACUUCGUUAGAAUAUGAGGCAGUUAAGAGGGAAGCCCAUCAAAUUGGCGCAAACAAACUUUUAGAACUUUGUAGGGCAAAUAAAGGAGUCUAUAUAAAAAUAGGUCAACAUGUUGGUGCUAUGGAUUAUCUACUCCCUACUGAAUAUGUCACAACAAUGCGAAUAUUGCAUAAAGAUGCACCUAAGAACACAUUGGAGGAGUUGUACAAAGUAAUAAAAGAAGAUUUAAAAGAAGAUGCAGAAGUAAUAUUUGACGAUUUUGAGCCAGAACCCCUUGGUAUCGCCUCCCUGGCUCAGGUCCACCGAGCCAAGCUGAAAGACGGCACUGAUGUAGCAGUUAAAGUUCAACACCAUUUCGUGAAAAAAAAUAUCAACAUCGACUUGAGAUGGAUGGAGUUUGUCCUGAAAACUAUGUCCAAAGUCUUCCCUGACUUCCAAAUGCAAUGGUUAAUAGAUGAGACUAAAAAGAACAUAGAAAAAGAGUUAGAUUUCAUACAAGAAGGGAAAAACUCUGAAAAAGUAGCUGUUCUAUUUAAAAACUAUAAGUGGUUGAAGGUACCUAAAAUUUAUUGGGACUACAGUACGGAAAGGGUCUUGGUUAUGGAAUAUGUGAAUGGUGGAUUGGUCAAUGAUGUCAAGUACAUAAAUGAAAACAACAUUGACAGACUCGACCUGUGCAAAAAGCUUGGUGACCUUUAUGCACACAUGAUCUUUGACACUGGAUUUGUGCACAGUGAUCCACACCCCGGCAACAUUCUCAUAAGUAAACAACCAGAUGACAAAGAGAUCAGUGUCUACUUGUUGGAUCAUGGUUUGUAUGCUCAACUAUCUGACCAAUUCAGAUAUGACUAUUCCAAACUAUGGCUGGGUAUUAUAUCAAAGAAUAAAGAACAAAUGAAGAUUUAUUCCAAAAAGUUGGGGAUACGCGAAGAGUUGUAUGCCCUAUUUGCCUGUAUGGUAUCAGGCCGUCCAUGGGAGUCAAUUUUAAAGGGCAUUGGUGACACUAAGCCCAGUUCUGAAGAGAAAGCUGUGUUCCAAAAUGAGCUCCCAAACAUACUGCACUACAUAACGCAGUGCUUGGAGAAUGUAGACCGGCAGGCGUUGCUUGUGUUGAGGACCAACGACCUUAUUCGCAGCAUAGAGUACGCUUUGGGCAUGCAGGAGAGGAUGUGUGGCUUCGUCACUAUGACCAAGUGCAUGAUGAAGAGCGUUUACGACUACGAUUAUAAGAACGAGUCUACGACGCUAAAGAAACCACUGAUAACAUUGAAAUACCGCUGGUCAAUGUUUUUGCUUUAUUUAUACACUUUGUAUCAGAGUCUGAUACAAAACAUUGCAGUAUUGCUAUAACAUCACAGAUGAGUUUUACAAUAGGCACAAUUUAUUCUUGAGAUAGUGGCAAAGUCUGAAUUGCACCAAAAAACUAUUUAUUGCUAUUUAUUCAUUGUUGUAUAUAUUAUUUUGGAAGAUUUGUGAAAUGGAAAAAAAUGACGCGAGUGAAUUUUAAACCUAUUUAUUACAUUAGAGCGGUACUUUUGCGACUAGAGGUUAUAUUUUCAUAACUCGACUUAUAAAAAAUAUUGUUAGUGAAUCUUAACUUCGGAAGACAGGCCAUUCCCUAGUCAAAACAUAGUCGCAACAGUUUACCUCAUGGUGUGUGUGAAUUUAGAUAAAAAGUUAUC